ACAGUUUGACAGUUCAGUCAGUCUGAAAGGUAGCGACCAAAAAUAUCUACGUGUCGUGCAGUUUUUUUGGUAAUUUUGACCCAAAAUUAACAGUUUUCUUUUUAUUUGUGAAUAAGCAGUACUUAACCUGAUAUUGUCAUGGCAAGUUGUGAUCAUUCAGCAGAACUCCAGGUAGAAAUGAAAACUCCACCAGCAUCUUCAUCGUGUGCUACUACUGCAACUCCACAGCUUGAAUCAGGAGUUACGCAAAGUGGGAACAUCCAAGAGCUCUGCAAACUCACUAAAGACUUAGCCUUGCAGGAAUCAACCGUUAAACCGAUCCAGGGGGAAAAUGUACCUGACACGUCUUCCAAGCCAUUGUUUACAAACGCAAGCCAAAAUAACAAUGAAGUGCUGAAAAUGUUAAGUCAAGUUGCUGAUAAGGUAACUGAAAACACUACGCCAAAAACUACAAAGAAAAAGAAUGCAAAGAAAAAGAAAGAAAGGCUGAAAAAGCUGCAAAUUACACAACAGAAUGUCACACCACAGCAAUCGCAGACAGCGCCACCAAGUAAUGCUUCAGUUCAAGAAUUGUUUACAAGACAGAUAGCCCCUAUGUAUCAAGUGAGCCCAUCACACUACCUGGAGAAUAUAAGUUAUCACCCUCAUUUUCAAUACAUGUAUCAACAACAACCUCAUAAUGCAGCAAGUGUUCCUAGCUCACCUCUGGCUCAGCUACCCUUGUUCAAUGCUCACCACCCUGACAUGAGACAGAUAGAUCCUAGUACUCCAAGAUAUUUGCAAAAUGUCAUGCAACACCCUUUGCUCAAUAAAUCAUAUUCAGUGGACAGUUACCAACAAUAUCAACAGCAGCAACUACAGAGGCAAAGCGUGGGAAAUAUUACUCCAAACUCCAAUUCCAGACACACACCAAAGUCAGAUAAACGCAGGAGUAGAACAAAAAGCAAAGAAAACAACCAGAAUAGUGAUAAAAGGUUUGGACUUUACAUGCCUCUUAGUGAAGUAGAAAUGGGCUUAAAGAGCAAACAGUUAAUUGAGGGAGUUGUGAGGAUCAAUCCUAAACAGUUCACACACGCUUAUGUAUCAAGUAAGGAUAGAGAUGAGCAAGACAUUCUUAUAGAGGGGAUCAAAGAUAGAAACAGAGCUUUGGAAGGUGACAUUGUGGUUGUAGAAAUUAUCACAGACAGCAGCAGUGAUGAGGCUGAUACAGAAAACAAGAAAAAUGAUGCAGUUAGUGAAAUGAAUGAAUCUGGAGAUGUACCCGUGGAUGAUGUCAGCAAAAAUGCUGAAAAAGAUGGUAAUGAUACUCAGACAAGUUUUGAGGAUGUAAAUGAUGAUGAUGAAGAUGCCAAAAAUAAUACUGAUAUGACACCCAAACCAGACAAAAAACAAAAGAGAGGAAGAGUAGUGUAUCUGAAAGAAAAAGUGCAUAACCGCACAUGUAUUGGAGUAUUAAAACUAAUGCCAGAUAAAAACAGACAAAAGGCCUUAUUUGUGCCUCGCGAUCACAGGAUACCACGCCUCAAUAUUCCCUUUACAAGUUGGCCUGAUAAUUUUUAUAAAGAGGCUAAAAGCUAUGAAAAUACUUUGUUUUUAGCUAAAAUAAUGGACUGGUUUGAUUCAAGAUUUGCUAAUGGGAAAAUUAUAAAAAAUAUUGGCCAAUCGGGGGACAUGGUGACAGAAACUACAGCUAUAUUGGCACAAAAUGACUUGGAUGUGACUCCAUUCGGGCAGCAAUAUAGCCACUUGUACCCGAGACUUGAUUAUGUUAUACCAGAAGAUGAAAUAAAGUUGAGAGAGGACUGCCGAAAACUCUGCAUUUUCAGCAUAGAUCCAUCAAAUUGUCGUGAUAUUGAUGAUGCUGUGUCUUGUAGAAAACUCGACAAUGGGAAUUAUGAGAUUGGUGUACACAUAUCUGAUGUGUCCCAUUUUUUGACUGAAGGCACAGACCUGGAUGAGAAAGUAGCAGAAAAAGCUACAACCAUUUAUUUAGUAGACAAAGCUUACCACAUGCUACCAGAUGAGCUGUGUAUGCUCUGCUCCCUGUUUCCAGGGGUUGACAAGUUAGCUUUUUCCGUGUUUUGGGAAAUAACUGAUAAUGCUGACGUUCUUAGUCAUAGAUUUGCUAAAACUGUGAUUCAUUCCUGUAGUCAAUUGGCAUAUGAACAUGCCCAAGCUAUACUUGAAAAUAAUGAGGAUGAAUCUGAUUUUCCAGAGAUAUACAAUGGCUUCCAGUAUAAAGAUGUAAGAGAUACAAUUAAAAUCUUAGGCAAAAUUGGUGCUAAAUUCAGGCGAGGGCGUUUUGAAAAUGGUGCUCUACGUAUUGAUCAACCUAAGGUAGCUUUUCAUUUACACCCAUUUAAUGGACUGCCAAAAUCAUUUUGGAUUUAUGAAUCUAAAGAGAGUCAUCAGCUUAUUGAAGAGUUUAUGUUACUUGCUAACAUGACUGUUGCUGAGAGAAUAUACAAGGAUCAUCCGCAGCUUGCAUUUUUAAGGUGUCAUCCUCCCCCAAGUGGAUACAUGAUGAAACAGUUAGCUAAAGCAUUAAAGCCGAUGGGAAUUGAUUUGGAAAUAGAGUCAGCGGGGAGUCUGCAGCGCUCAAUCUUGCCAUAUGUAGGUCAGGAGAAUGAAGAUAGAGGCAGAGCUAUGGUGCUCAGCAUGCUUUGUGCCAAGCCUAUGGCGAGAGCAAAGUAUUUUUGCGCUGAUGGGGUUGAUGAUGAUGAUUUUCACCACUAUGCUCUGAAUGUACCUCUCUAUACACAUUUUACUAGCCCUAUUCGGCGAUAUGCGGACAUCAUGGUGCACAGACUACUAACAGCCAGUCUCAAAAACAGUGGUUCUCCAGAAUGGGAAGUGGACAAAGUACGCAUGAUAGCAGCACAGUGCAACAAACAGAAAUACAAUGCCAAAAAGGCCGGCGAGAUGUCCACUGAGUUGUACACACUCAAGUAUAUUGAGAUGCACUCACCUAUGGUGACGGAAGGGGUCGUUGUGGAGGUUCGGGAGAAGUACAUUGAUGUCAUCAUUGUGGCUAUGGGGCUUAACAGGAGAGUUUAUUUUAAUCCUGAUUUCCCAGGGGAUUUCAAGUGCGUGAAAAACGACGCCGGCGCCAAAUUAUCUCGAAUGGAAGUCGUUUGGCACAAAGACAAGGACGCGCCGGCGGACGCGCCUCAGAUCAAACAAGUAAUUGAAGUCUUCUCAAUCGUCCAGAUAGAAAUGCACAAAGGCAACGAGAUGGUCAAGGUUGAAACGAGGCUUGUGAAACCGGAAGUUAGUGUGGAAAAUUGAUUUACUUUAGGCAAAUUUUAAAAAAUGUAGGCGCGGAGGGUUAUUGUCACAUAGAAGAUAUGAUUUUCACGCCUGUUUGACAGACUAUAAAUCCUAUGUAUCCUGCAGCAAGGUUGCGCGAGACUGAAUUUUCUGUCUUUUUCGCACAGUCAGUAGAUGAGCAGUUAUAGCGCGCGACUUGAAUUGUGUUGUGUGACGGACAGACCUAGUUUUAUAUUACUUUUGAAUGGAAUCUAAAACUUCAUGAUUAAAAUAGUUUUAUCUGACUUGUGAAGUACAACUUAAUAUAGGUAUGUGAUCUGGUCUGUUGUAAACUAGUAACAUUUUAACCCAAAAACUUCUUAGUAUAAAUUGUUGUUCAAAUUUACUCUGAUGUUUACAUGCAUUGACAUCAGUUUUGACUGUUAUAGAAUAAUAAUUAGGUUUGAUUUUUUUUUCUCUUAAGAGAGAAUGAAAUUGCAAUGUGAUCUAUAUGCACAGCAAACUAAGCUAAGAUUUCAACUAUUUUGUAUCAUUAUUGUAUAAUUUUAUACUUAAGGGUUUUAAUAAUAUAAAUUUGUAGUAUCUUGUAAGAUACAAUAAUUGCCAAUGUUGCAUGCCAGCAUUUAUAUUUAUUAUGAAUGAAAUUGUUUUGAUUUUUUUAUCAGCUUCUUUUUGUCGUGUAUAUGAAAUAGUGUUUUAUUUUAUUUUACUCAAAUUUAUUUUACUUUUUGAUUUGAUUGUAGUGCGCGCCAUUUGCGCGUGACUAUUGGAACUAAAAAUACUUUUAGCAUUUUUCAUAUAUCUUGGGCCCGGGUGCGCGUGCACGCCCGCGAGGGCCUGCGAGGGGUAACAUUGUAGGUAAAAUCCGUCGUACGCGCCCGCGCUAGUUGGCGUUGCUCAUAGUACUCGCAUUUUUCAACCCGUUCCGUGCAAGACAGAGGAGCCACUAUGCGUUUCUUUCUGGCUUUUACUCCCUAUAAAUUUAAACAAGGUGAAUUUGCUAAAGCCGGGGUUGAAAUUCAUACGUUUUAAGGUUAUGUACUGUAUGUAGAUGUCAACUGUCACCGUACCCAAGCUAUGUGAAAAAACUAACUGACGAUGGUAGAACUUAUGUCUUUGCAGUAAAGUUUACAAGCAGCUAUAAUGAUGGUACGGAAUUACCUUGCAGACGGAUUUGGCCGCACUGAUCUAAACAAUAAAUUGUUGGUGGUUGAUGAUGGUACUUUAGCAUGACUAUUGAUUUGACCGAAAGAAGUGUUUGCCUUGCAAAAUACGUAAUUUUGAAUUGAAUACUGAAUGGUUAUUAUUGUCUUACUAUAUACCCAUCAAUAUGUUCAAUAAUAUACGUUUGUCUCUAAUGAAAUAUCUCCUAUAACUUGCAGUAUUUUUUGGUUUUCAUUAAAAUUCAUUGUUUUUAAUUACAAACAUCAAAACAAAAGGCUAUGAUUAAAAUUGUGUGUUUGGGAAAUAUUUGUACUUAUUUAAAGAAUGUUUGCUCCUUCGACAUGAAAGCACCUAUGACCGUACAUAUAAUGAAAGUUUCCCAAGGUCCCAUUUUAAAUCUUAGUACCUAAUGUAACGGCAUCUAAUUGUACACGGUGAAAACAGCAACAAGUAUAGGCGCGGGCUACUUGCGCCAGCAUUAUAUAAAUUAUAUUUACAUUAUGCGUUCUCAAGGGCCCCUGUACAUAUUUUUUUUUAAUAUGCUAUAGUUUGGUCCAGGACUGUCGUUUCAAAACGUAGACAGAGAAUUAUACUGUCUUUGUCUUACGUUAGCAUUGGCACCCAAAAGACAUGGAUGAGUAUAAUUUUCCUGGUUCUUACUGACUGACAAGUUGUUUGCCAGACUAUAGUAUAAGUAUGUUUAACGACGAUGCAUGUAACUUGCGCAAAUGCAUUGACCAUGCAAACGUUUGCACCGUGUGUGCAAACAUUAAUAUGAAAUUUUUCUAUUUGUCUAAAAUGGUCGGUAGUCUUGCCUUUUUUAGACAUUAACAGUUACUGGGUUAAGUUUAAAUGCUCAAACCGUACUUUUGUAAUUUCUUUCAUUGAUGUUGUAGACAAAUCAAUAAAUUUUUGCGAUUU